AAACGCCGGGACUUGGUGAGCGCGUCGUCGCGCGGCACACCUGAGGCGCGUGACGACGGCGAAUCUGAUCGGAUGUUGGCAUUCGUGUGCUUUCGGUUCUCCAGCGCCAGAUUACGAUUACAUCUAUUGGCGCGUACAUCGUCGACUCGAGCGAUAUGGCCAUCGGGCGCAUUCAACUUGGCUUGCUGCUGCUGUGCUGCAGUUUGCACUCGAUCCUGGCGACGAAGGAGCUGCAAUUCUUACACGUCCUAUCCGUUAAUAAAUUCUAUGUACCCGACUUCAAUCAAACAUCCAAGGAAUUUCAAAUUCCCAGCAAUCUGAGUUACAGCUAUUUCCUCAACAAUGCCGUGGAUUUACCGAAUACUGUUAAGAUGAAGUUGUUCAAUCUUGGAGAGCAAUUAAGAUUCAAGUACGGCCAUUUUAUCGGAUCUUUGUACAGCGAUGAAGUGAUAAGAAUGCAAACAGUAGGCUUUCCCGUGUCGAUUAUGGCUGGAGAGCUGAUAAAUGCUGGUUUAUGGCCACCUGUCGAGGGACAAAUUUGGAAAGACGAUUUAGCAUGGCAACCCGUACCAUUCGAAUACAGACCGGUGGACGAAGACACUCUGUUGCUAGGCAUACUGUGCCCGAAUUUCGAGAAGGACACGCGCAAAGUUAUCAAAGAUCAUUACAACUUGAGUUCGACGCAUGGAGAUUUGUUGCGACACAUCAAAGAAAAUGGCAAGAUUAACGUAAAAACGCCGUUAGAUGUGCUGAUGUUGCAUUUGGCUUUUGAUAACGGUGUAAAACUCCAUCAAAAUUUCCCAAAAUGGAUAAGCGAACUUUAUCCCACCGACGCACUGACGAACCUCACCCUCACCGCCUACGAUCUCCUCUCUACGACCAAGUUGCAAAAACAUCUCAACGGUGGCUCACUGCUGAAGACCAUCGUGAACGAUUGGCAAGCCCGCGUCAACGGGACUUUACACAAGGAUCGGAAGAUUCACGUUUUCAGCGGCGACGACAGAAACCUCGCUGGAGUCAUGAAGAAUCUGAAUCUGACUAUGACGGAAUUACCGACGUCAGGCGAAGCACUCAUAUUUGAAUUGUGGAGCGAAGCCAAUCGACAUUACGUGCAAGUGAUUCGCUACAUGGGCAACCACAAGUUUACGUAUCCUCACAAACUGCCUGGCUGCGAAAUCUACUGUCCUGUCGAAAAGUUUCGCGAACUUGUCGCUAACGUUUUGCCGGUUGAUGAACUAUCGCUUUGCGGCUCCGUGGAUCGUGAUUCUGGAAAAGGUCUGGGACAAGCUGACAAAAAAAGUGCGAGCAGUAUUUCCAUUGCGAACGCUCUUCUAAGCUUCGCCUCGUUAGUUUUGCUGUACUUUAGCGCCAAAGUUUAAUCGUCACUUGUAAAUGUUAAAGUAUUCUUCAACUAAUUCUUUGUUACUUAUUGUUUACAAAACAUUUGUAAAAAUCACUUUUUCGAGUAUAUACGAACGAGAUGAUGAAAUAAAAAACUCUGACGGAUGUGUUGUU